AUGUGGCAAAAUGGUGGCACUGCAUUUAAGCCUGAUGCAAAUAUUUUGCGUCAUCUCAAGGCGAAAAGACAAAAACAACGAGCCGUAGCAGAGGUCAAGCUACGCUGUCUUUGGGGUCACAGUAGGAAUUUCGAAGACCUGGAUACAUUUCAUCGAGCCAUCAGACCGUAUCUAUGUCUAGCACAGAUUUUUGGAAUUAUGCCAUUAUCAAAUGUAUUGAGUAGAGAUCCCCAAGAAGUGAAAUUUCGAAUGCGUUCCAUGGGAAUGGUGUUUACUGUAUUAUUUCUAUUGCUUGGAGGCCUUAAAACGAUCAUUGUGGCCGAUAGAUUACUCACAGUAGGAUUGAAUGCCAAAAAUAUGGAGGGCUUAUUCUUCUUUAUAAUGGGCAUGAUAAUAUGCGCUUGUUUUGUCAGCUUUGCACGCUGUUGGUCACGUCUCAUCGUACCAUGGAGUUGCUUGGAUAUACUGAUGCUCUUUCCACCCUAUUUACCUCCAAGGAGAAGCUUAAAAUAUAAACUACGUUUGCUUGGCUCCUGUCUUAGUAUUGUGGCUAUGGUGGAACAUGCCUUAUAUUAUGCGUCUGGCUAUUAUAGCUAUCGCAUGCAUGUAGUCCAUUGUCAUACGAAUCAUUCAAGGAUCACCUUUGCAUCGUAUGUGGAAAAAGAAUUUGCUGAUAUAUUUCAAAUAAUACCAUACAAUAUUAUAUCAGUUUUUUAUGCAUUUUUUCUAAAUGGAACAUUUACCUUCAUUUGGAAUUUCAUGGAUCUAUUUAUUAUGUUAGUAAGUCUUGGUCUUGCCCAACGUUUCCAACAGUUUUCGAAACGUGUUCUCAAAUUGGCUAAUUGUUUUGUUCCGGAUGCCUUGUGGUCAGACAUACGAAUGGAUCAUGUUCGAUUGUGUGAACUGUUGGAGCUUGUUGAUUUCAGCAUGUCUGUUAUUAUAUUGAUAUCGUGUCUCAAUAAUGUCUACUUCAUUUGCAAUGCCCUACUUGCCAUAUUUACCAAACUGCGUUAUACUAUCAAUUAUAUAUAUUUUUGGUACUCUUUAAUAUUCCUAUUGGCCCGUACAUUUUUGGUCUUUCUGUGCGCCUCUCAAAUAAAUGAGGCGUCUCGGCUACCCCUCAAAGUACUCUAUAUGAUACCCAGUGAAUCUUGGUCACAGGAAGUUCAACGUUUUGCCCAACAAAUAACCAAUGAAUAUAUAGCCCUAUCUGGCUGUCGCCUCUUCUAUUUGACACGCAAAAGUUUCUUUGGUAUGAUGGCCACUUUGGUUACCUAUGAGUUUAUGCUAUUGCAAUUGGAUGCUAAAAAUCGUAGAGCCGGACUCCCCGAGCUAUGUGCCUAA